AUGCGGCGUACUCCCGUUUCUGCCACCAGAGCAAGCGGCCGGAUGCCGUCACAUCCAUUGCUGGUGAGACGGACCGGCGGUUACGUAGGAGCAUUUGUUAUUGGGAGUGCAAAGGUUCAGUAUGCGUGGGUACCAGCGUGGGUAUUGGUUGCAGCCCGUUCCACCCGUGGUGAUGGUGGUGGUGCUGGCGAUGCGACUCCUGAUGUCUCUGGUGAUGGUGGUGGCGGUGGUGGUGGUCAUGGUGGUAACCGCCGUGGCGGUGGUGGUGGUGAUGGUGGUAGUGAGGAGGAGGAGGGCGAUGGAAGCAGCAAGGAACCUUCCAACCCAUCUCCUUGGCUCUUCCUCCUCGUAGCAGCAACAGCUGCUGCUGCCAUCGCCAUUCUCUUAAGACCCUCAUCCCCUCUCCCCGCUUCUACCCCACCUCCUCCCCCUGCUUCGCGCCCUCCUCCCCCUAAUGCCCCCCCUCCUCCCCCUAAUCCCCCCCCUCCUCCCCCUAAUCCUUCCCCUCCUCCCCCUAAUCCUCCCCAUCCAUCCCCUUCCCCUCGCUCUCCUCUUCCUCAUCUAAAUGCUGUCCCUCCUCCCAGUAAACCCUUGUUUCCCCACACCGGCGCACCAGGCCAUUCUAUCAAGUCUUUCAACCCCUCUCCCUGCUUCUACCCCACCUCCUUCUUCUACCCCUCCUCCUUCUUCUACCCCACCUCCUUCUACCCCUCCUCCUUCUUCUACCCCUCCUCCUUCUACCCCUCCUCCUUCUUCUACCCCUCCUCCUUCUACCCCUCCUUCUUCUACCCCUCCUCCUUCUACCCCUCCUCCUUCUACCCCUCCUUCUUCUACCCCUCCUCCUUCUACCCCUCCUCCUUCUACCCCUCCUCCAUCUUCUUCCCCUCGCCAUCCCCCCGCUAG